AUGGCCCCGUAUGAGGAUAAGAUAGUAGGUCCAGACUUAAUCAUAGAGACAGAAGAGAAAAUUUGGUUUGUUCAGAACCAAUUAAAGGAAGCCUCAGAUAGGAAGAGGUCUUACGUAAACUUGAAGAGUAAAAAUGUGGAAUUUGCAGUUGGGGACAAGGUAUUCUUCAAGGUCUCUCAUUGGAAGAAAUUACUUCGCUUCGAGCACAAAGAAAAAAGAUAUCGUUCCGAUCCUUCUCAUGCCAUACCCCUAGAGCAAAUCGAUGUUAGUCCAGAUAUGACUUAUUCAGAGAAGCCAGUUAGAAUUCUAACAAGGGAUGUGAGGGAAUUAAGGAGUAAAAAGAUUUCUUUGGUUAAGGUGCUAUGGAGGAACUAUGGUGUUGAGGAAGCGAAUUGGGAAACCAAGGAGGAUAUGCAACUCCAAUACCCUCACCUCUUCUUUCCAUGUAAAUUUCGAGGAUGA